CACCCCAGUUCGGAGCGGAUAGGGAGGGGAGAGAAAAGUCGCUUUGGGCCUUUCCCCUGGUUUAAAACUUUAUUCUGUUGGAAAACUGUUAGAGAAAAACUUUUACGGACGUGACUUCGCCGCUUGAAGAGCCGUCGACUGGACAGCAGUGAGGCGCUCAGGACGUGUUCAACCCCCAACUUCAACAUCUGACUGGACAGUCUGUAACACAGUGGUUAUCUUCAGGUGUGGAGUGGGUGGCAGAGCGGAGCAGCAAUCAUGGUUGCCUUGUCAUUAAAAAUUGGUGUGGGGAAUGUGGUGAAAACGAUGCAGUUUGAACCCUCUACAAUGGUCUAUGAUGCAUGCCGCAUCAUCAGGGAAAGAGUUCCUGAGGCACAGCUUGGCCAGCCCAAUGACUAUGGGCUGUUUCUGUCUGACGAAGACCCAAAAAAAGGCAUCUGGCUGGAGGCUGGGAAGGCCCUGGACUACUAUAUGUUAAGGAAUGGGGACACCUUGGAAUACAAGAAGAAGCAGAGGCCUCUGAAAAUCCGCAUGUUAGAUGGCACAGUAAAGACUGUCAUGAUAGACGACUCCAAGAUCGUCAGUGACAUGCUCAUGACCAUCUGUGCUAGAAUAGGUAUAACAAAUUAUGAUGAGUACUCACUGGUGCGAGACAUUGGUGAGGAAAAGAAAGAAGAAACCACAGGAACACUGAAAAGAGACAAGACUCUUCUAAGAGAUGACAAGAAGAUGGAGAAGUUGAAGCAGAAACUCCACACAGACGAUGAGUUGAACUGGUUGGACCAUGGGAGGACACUGAGGGAGCAGGGUGUGGAAGAGACAGAGAUGUUGCUGUUGAGAAGAAAGUUUUUCUACUCAGACCAGAAUGUGGACUCCAGAGACCCUGUUCAGCUUAACCUGCUUUAUGUACAGGCUCGUGAUGACAUCCUGAAUGGAUCACAUCCAGUUUCAUUUGACAAAGCCUGUGAGUUUGCAGGCUACCAGUGCCAGAUUCAGUUUGGUGAUCACAAUGAGUCCAAACACAAGCCUGGAUUCUUAGAUUUAAAGGAGUUCCUGCCUAAGGAAUACAUUAAAAAUAAAGGGGAGAAAAAAAUCUUCCAGGCACAUAAAAACUGUCAGAACAUGACAGAGAUUGAGGCCAAAGUCAGCUAUGUGAAGCUGGCCAGGUCUUUGCAAACCUACGGCGUCUCGUUCUUCCUGGUUAAGGAAAAAAUGAAAGGCAAAAACAAACUGGUGCCUCGUCUGCUGGGAAUCACCAAGGAGAGCGUAAUGAGAGUAGACGAGAAGACCAAAGAGGUCAUCCAGGAGUGGAGUCUGACAAACAUCAAACGCUGGGCUGCGUCACCCAAGAGCUUCACUUUGGACUUUGGAGACUACCAGGAUGGGUACUACUCUGUGCAAACCACCGAGGGAGAACAGAUUGCCCAGCUUAUUGCUGGUUACAUUGAUAUCAUCCUCAAAAAGAAAAAAAGUAAGGACCACUUUGGCUUUGAUGGAGAUGAUGAAUCACCCAUGGAGGAGGACUCUGUGUCUCCCAAAAAGUCGACUGUAAUGCAGCAGCAGUUCAACAGGAUGGGCAAGGCAGAGACAGGCUGUGUUGCCCUGCCAGCCAUCAUGCGCUCAGGAGCUGGAGGUCCAGAGAGUUUCCAGAAGGGUUCCAUGCCCCAGGCCAAACAGCACAUUACCAGUGGGCAGAUGCACAGGGGACACAUGCCUCCUCUGACAUCAGCACAGCAAGCCCUAACUGGAACCAUCAACUCCAGCAUGCAGGCCGUCCAGGCGGCCCAAGCCUCUCUGGAUGAUUUUGAUACUCUGCCCCCAUUAGGAACAGAUGCUGCAUCCCAAGCCUGGCGCAAAAACAAGAUGGAUGAGUCCAAGCAUGAGAUCCAUUCCCAGGUGGAUGCCAUCACAGCAGGCACAGCAUCCAUGGUCAACCUCACAGCAGGUGAUCCAGCUGAGACAGACUAUACAGCGGUUGGCUGUGCAGUCACCACAAUCUCAUCCAACCUGACUGAGAUGUCAAAGGGUGUGAAACUACUGGCAGCCCUGAUGGAGGACGAAGGUGGAAACGGGCAGCAGCUGCUGGGUGCUGCCAAGAAUCUGGCCAGUGCUGUUUCUGACAUGCUGAAGACAGCUCAGCCGGCAAAUACAGAGCCUCGUCAGAACUUGUUGCAAGCAGCAGGAAAUGUUGGUCAGGCUAGUGGAGAACUCCUGUCUCACAUUGGAGAGACAGACACUGAUCCACAGUUCCAGCAUCAGCCUAAAGGAUCUUUCAGGGGUUCCAGAUGGAGAAUUCCCUCUAACGUUCGAGUGCUGGAUAUGUUGAUGCAGCUGGCAAAAGCUGUGGCUAAUGCUGCAGCAGCUCUGGUGCUCAAAGCUAAGAACGUGGCCCAGAAGACGGAGGACUCGGCCCAGCAGAACCGAGUUAUUGCAGCAGCUACACAGUGCGCUCUCUCCACAUCUCAGCUGGUCGCCUGCACCAGGGUGGUGGCUCCAACCAUUAGUUCCCCAGUGUGCCAGGAGCAGCUGAUAGAGGCAGGCAAGCUGGUGGCCAAGUCAGUAGAAGGAUGUAUGGAGGCCUCCCAGAUGGCCACCAACGACGAGGGUCUUCUGAAACAGGUUGGCCAGGCGGCCACAGGGGUCACUCAAGCCCUCAAUGAGCUGCUGCAGCACAUCAAGCAGUACUCCAGUGGAGGCCAUCCUAUUGGACGGCACGGAGAGGCCACUGACUGCAUCCUGGAUGUUACUGAGAAGAUCUUUAAUGCAAUGGGAAAUGCUGGUGAGAUGGUUCGCCAGGCUCGUAUUCUUGCCCAGGCCACGUCUGAUCUUGUCAAUGCCAUCAAGAUGGAUGCAGAGGGAGAGUCUGAUCUGGAAAACUCCCGCAAGCUUCUCUCUGCAGCCAAACUUCUGGCUGAUGCCACUGCUAAAAUGGUGGAGGCUGCUAAGGGUGCAGCUGCCAAUCCUGACAGUGAGGAACAGCAGCAGAAACUGCGUGAAGCUGCAGAAGGCCUGCGGAUGGCCACCAACGCUGCCGCCCAGAAUGCUAUCAAGAAGCGGCUCAUCAACAAUCUGGAGAAUGCUGCCAAACAAGCCGCAGCAGCUGCCACUCAGACGAUAGCUGCGGCCCAGCAUGCUGCCUCAUCCAACAAGAAUCAGGCUGCACAGCAACAGCUCGUCCAGAGCUGCAAGGUGGUGGCAGAGCAGAUCCCUCAGCUGGUUCAAGGAGUCCGAGGCAGCCAGUCCCAGCCUGACAGCCCCAGUGCCCAGCUUGCCCUCAUUGGUGCUAGUCAGAACUUUCUGCAGCCAGGAGCAAAGAUGGUAACAGCAUGUAAAGCCACUAUUCCAACCAUCAAUGACCAGGCAUCGGCCAUGCAACUCAGCCAAUGCGCUAAGAAUCUGGCCAGCUCCCUGGCAGAACUUCGCACUGCCUCACAAAAGGCCCAGGAUGCUUGUGGUCAGCUGGAGAUAGAUAAUGCCCUGAACAUGGUGAGAGAUCUGGAGAAGAACAUCCAGGAUGCCAAGGCUUCUGCUCAAGCAGGCAAACUCAAACCGCUGCCAGGCGAGACGCUUGAAAAAUGUUCCCAGGACCUGGGCACCAGCACCAAGGCUGUCAUGUCAGGUAUCGCCCAGCUCCUGAGUGAAGCCACUCAAGGAGAUGAGAAUUACAUAGGCAUGUCAGCCAGAGAUAUAGCCCAGACUCUGAAGUCCUUGGCCUCAGCAGCCAGAGGGGUCGCUGCUACCACAGAUGACCCAGCAACACGCAGCGCUGUGCUGGACUGUGCUGGUGAUGUUAUGGACAAAUCAGCCAACCUGAUUGAGGAAACCAAGAGGGCGAUCGCUAAGCCAGGAGAUGCAGAGUGUCAACAGAGGCUAGCUCAGGUGGCCAAGGCAGUGUCCCAGGCUCUGAACAGAUGUGUUAACUCCCUUCCUGGUCAGAGGGAUGUGGACAACGCCAUCCGCACAGUGGGCGAGGCCAGCAGAUCACUUCUGGCUGAUUCUACUCUUCAUGAACAGAUGGCUGCUUCAGUUCAUGAGAUCAGUAACCUGAUUGAUCCUGUGGCAGUGGCAGCUCGAUCGGAGGCCUCCCAGCUGGGACACAAGGUUUCUCAGAUGGCCAGCUACUUUGAGCCCUUGAUCAUGGCUGCCAUUGGCACAGCAUCCAAGAUCCUAAGCAGCCAGCAGCAGAUGGCUGUCUUAGACCAGACCAAGACCUUGGCAGAGUCAGCGCUGCAGAUGCUCUAUACCGCCAAGGAGGCUGGAGGAAAUCCCAAGGCAGCACACAUGCAGAAUGCUCUGGAGGAUUCAGUGCAGAUGAUGAAAGAAGCAGUAGAUGACCUGGGGGCCACGCUGGCUGAGGCAGCCAGUGCAGCAGGUGCUGUGGGUGGCAUGGUGGAUUCCAUCAACGACGCCAUCAAUAAAAUGGAAGACGGGCCUGCAGAUGAACCAGAUGGCACCUUUGUAGAUUACCAGACCACCAUGGUGAAGACAGCCAAGGCCAUUGCUGUUACUGUACAGGAGAUGGUGACCAAGUCCAACACCAACCCAGAUGACCUUGGAGGACUGGCCAACCAGUUGACCAAUAAUUUUGGAAAUCUAGCAAAUGAGGCCAAAUAUGCAGCACUCACUGCAGAGAAUGAUGAAAUUGGUUCUCACAUUAAGAAGCAAGUGGGAGAGCUGGGCUUCACCUGCACAGGUCUGGUUACCAAAGCUGGAGCUCUGCAGUGCAGCCCCAAUGACACAUUUACUAAGAAAGAACUAAUUGAAAGCGCCCGCAAAGUCUCAGAGAAGGUCUCUCAUGUGUUGGCAUCCCUUCAAGCUGGUAACCGUGGCACCCAAGCCUGUAUUACAGCUGCAAGUGCUGUUUCUGGAAUCAUUGCAGAUCUCGACACAACCAUUAUGUUUGCCACUGCUGGUACCCUUAAUAGAGAGAAUGCUGAAACGUUCGCUGACCACAGAGAAUGCAUUCUGAAGACAGCAAAGGCCCUAGUAGAGGACACGAAGCUGCUGGUGUCUGGUGCGGGAGCCAGUCAGGAGAAACUGGCUCAGGCUGCCCAGUCUUCAGUUUCCACCAUAACCAAACUGGCUGAUGUGGUCAAACUGGGAGCAGCCAGCCUGGGUUCUGAAGACCCCGAGACUCAAGUGGUCUUGAUUAAUGCAGUGAAGGAUGUGGCCAAAGCUCUGGGUAACCUAAUUAGUGCCACUAAGGCAGCUGCAGGUAAACCUCAUGAUGACCCCAGCAUGCUCCAGCUUAAGAGUUCUGCUAAGGUGAUGGUGACCAAUGUGACAUCUCUGCUGAAGACUGUCAAGGCAGUGGAGGAUGAAGCCACCAAGGGAACCAGAGCCUUAGAGGCCACUAUUGAACACAUCAAGCAGGAGCUGACUGUGUUCUGUAGUUCUGAUCCCCCACCAAAAACGACCACGCCAGAGGAGUUUAUUCGUAUGACAAAAGGAAUCACCGUGGCAACAGCGAAGGCAGUGGCUGCGGGGAACUCAUGUCGCCAGGAGGACAUCAUUGCCACUGCUAACCUCAGCAGACGAGCUAUUGCUGACAUGCUGCACUCCUGCAAGGAAGCUGCCUACCACCCAGAGGUCAGCAAGGACGUCCAGAUGCGUGCUUUACGCUAUGGUAACGAAUGUGCUUCAGGAUAUUUAGGACUGCUAGAACAUGUCCUGGUGCCGAUCAUCCAGAAACCCACACAUGAUCUGAAGCAGCAGCUUGCCAACUUCUCCAAGCGUGUUGCUGGCAGCGUCACUGAGCUCAUCCAGGCUGCUGAGGCAAUGAAAGGCACGGAGUGGGUGGACCCCGAGGAUCCUACUGUCAUCGCAGAGAACGAGCUGCUGGGAGCCGCAGCCGCUAUUGAAGCAGCUGCCAAGAAACUGGAGCAGCUGAGGCCAAGGACCAAACCCAAGGAGGCAGAUGAGAGCUUGAACUUUGAAGAGCAAAUUCUGGAAGCAGCCAAGUCGAUUGCAGCUGCCACAAGUGCUCUGGUCAAAGCAGCUUCAGCAGCUCAGAGGGAGCUUGUUGCUCAGGGGAAGGUGGGAGCAAUUCCAGCAAAUGCGGUGGAUGAUGGGCAGUGGUCUCAGGGCCUGAUUUCAGCUGCCCGGAUGGUUGCUGCAGCAACCAACAACCUGUGUGAAGCAGCCAACUCUGCGGUCCAGGGACAUGCCAGUGAGGAGAAGCUCAUUUCUUCAGCUAAGCAGGUGGCCGCCUCUACCGCUCAGCUCCUGGUGGCCUGCAAGGUCAAGGCUGACCAGGACUCACAGACCAUGAAGAGGCUCCAGGCUGCUGGAAAUGCUGUGAAGAGGGCAUCAGACAACCUGGUGAAAGCAGCACAGAAAGCAGCGUUUGAUGCUCAGGAUGACCAGGCUGUGGUGGUCAAGAGUAAGAUGGUUGGAGGCAUUGCUCAGAUUAUCGCCGCUCAGGAGGAGAUGCUUCGGAAAGAAAGGGAACUGGAGGAGGCAAGGAAUAAGCUGGCCAUGAUCCGAAAGCAGCAGUACAAGUUCCUCCCCUCAGAGCUGAGAGAGGAUGGCCAGGACCAAUGAGAGUGUGGGGGGGUGGUGCCAACAAACCGCAAAUCAGCAACGCAAGUCAUUGUGAAACGCUCAGGACCUAAUGCUUCAGAUCAGAUCAGUUCUAACAGCAAGUCAAACUCCAUGUCUACAGUAACAUAUCAGAAUGCUUUAACAGUAGAGCAAAUAUGCUAUAUAGUAUUUUAUGACAGUAAUGAUAAAUGUUUGCCUAUACUGAGACAUAUGCCUUCACGUGAUAAUUAAGUUAUGUAUGCUUCUAAUGAUAUAUGUUUAUAUUCCUUAGAAAGUGAGACUUUUUUACGCUUCUGUGUUCUUGAUGUGAGGCUUUAGAAAGCCGUACCAGUUCAUUCCUCUGCCCUUCUCUCUUGGACUCUGUUACAUCGCAUUGCUAUGAAAAUUGAUUAUUAUGGCAGGUUUAUCCUUCAGUGACAAUCUAUGCAAAGUUUUUGUUUUGUUUUUAGAUAUAUAUAUAUAUAUAAAAUGUAUGCAUUUUCUUGGGUCUGAACACACUUCCAAAGAGUCUUGAUAUGUAGGUGGUAGUUAGUAAUAGACGUUUCUGCCAUUUUGUAUUUUCCUUUUACUGUACAAAAACUAUAAGAAAAAUAAAAUGUUUGAAUUUUAUAGUUUAGAACAAGACUAUUUUAAACAGAUUAGUUAAAAAUCAGUAUUUUUAAAAGAAUAAAAUGUGUUCAACAGAUGUGAUCUUUGAGUUGGUAUUUAGACCAGGAUCUGAUUGGAGGACUUGUUUGUGUAGUGAGUAUGAAGCCAUAUAUUUAAUGUCCACAACUUUUACAUUAGUCUGAUGUGUACUAGACUGAUGUUUAUUGAUCCAUUCCACUGAAAUGUGUGCCAAACAUGUCUGCCAGAGGUGUGACACACAUCUGGACUAAUACUCUCAUGUUCAGCUGUUUUAGAAACAUACAUCAUUGUUAAGAAGAGUAACAUUUGUGCUUAAAAGAUGUCCUCUCUUUCAAGUUAAGUAUUAAUGUCUGAUGCCAUUUGUUCCUAAAGUGCAAUAAUUUCAUCACUCAAUAAAAGUAGAAGUAGCUUUAUUUCCUUUGGAGUGUUUAAAACUAAGCAUCCAGUGUGCCAUGCAUAGGUUUCAGUCAUUCAUCAAACUUUUUUAUAGACCAUGAUUUGAUUUGACUUAUUGUUGGAAUGCAGGUGAUGAGUAUUUCUACCCAAUGGGCACUGUCAUACACAAUAAAGCCUAUUUUCACUGAAAUUA